CCGUGCUCCGUCGUGGGAGUGAGAUCGCGGAGGAACGUUCGCUCGCGGUGUGGUCGUACUCGCGCGCGCGGGGUUACGACGGUCCGUCGUCUGACAGUUUGCGCGCGGGGGUGGUGCGUAACUUUGCGAAACGCGACGCGACGCAGCGCGGCACGACGGGACGAGAGCGAGACGAGAGGCGAAUCCGCGAGCGAGCCUGUGCGGAUUCGCGGAGCUGGCCGCGGGUGCAGCCGGAGCCAGCUGGGUGCAGCAGUCGCGCCGCGUUCUUUCGUGCACGUCCUUUCCCUCUCUCUCUCUCUCUGCACGUCGCAUCCGUCCGCAUCUUCCGCGUUCCUUCCCGCGGAACGAGGCAUCGACCGAAGCGGAGGAACGACUCGUCGACGACGGUUGCGACGAGCGCGAUUGCUCGGGACCGGUUCUCAGGCGCGGGAAGGCAUCUCUCGUCGAACUCAGGCAGAACCUCGGCGAGACAUUUCAUCGGUCGCCUCCCGCGGCGCGUCCCAGAGAACGAUGCGAUACUCGAUGACGUGAUCGACCUCUCGGUCAGCUACGCGCCGUGACCUCGUUCAAGUGGCGGCUGGCCAUUUACUUGAUUUUUCGUGAGCGAGCACGGCGCUUGAAACAGCACCGAACACGUCGCUUUUUCCGUGGUGUCGAACAAGACGAAGAGGGAAUUUUGGCAGAAAGGGGCGCCUUUCGACGAGGUGCUCGAAGUUAGAGAGGACGGGCGAAUCAACGUUGAGAGCACGAGGGCACUCCAACGAUCCUACGGAUCCUACAUUCGACGGCUCGAGGCGCGAGCGAGUUGAGAUGCGCGGCAGGAGGAACGUUCACCAGGUGGCUUGCUGACACCCGAAGAAAGGAGCAUAGGAGUGGCGGGAAUCCCGGAGGCAUGACAGACGCGCGAAGAACGGCACGCUGAAGACGAAGAGGAAGAGUCGAGCGACGUCACGCAAGUCACCGGGUCACUUGAGAGAUUCUUCGUCGAGGGAGCGCGCGCUUCUGCUCCGGAGCGAAGGUGACGAUUGGCGUGCAGGAGAGAUCCAGCGUAGCAAGAUGCUCGUCUCAAACUGAUCGCUGGAGGGAAGCAGGGUACAAGGAUAUGAGAAUGUCCGUCGAGCGGACGGGAUUAUGAAAGUCAGACGAGGACCGGAAGAAUCAUUACGGAGGUGCGAGAGCGAGAUUUCCCGAGAAGCGGAAGGAUUGGAAACAGCAACUCGACCAGACCUGAAUGUCUCGAGAUGAUUAGCUUGGCGAGUUGAGCGGUUGAGUGAUACAGAUUACGCAGUGCACUUCAAGAGAGUGCGAUGAGAGAAAGACGAUGCUUCGCAGAAAUCUCCUGGUGAUUCGCACUCGCGACAUCCAGUAGGACAGGGUGCGGUUGCCGUGGGAUAAGGUCGCGGUUGGAUGUCCGCGCGACGCGGGUAUCCGUCGCCAACCAAGAAGAUCGUUCUUCGCGAAUCACCACGCGACGGCGAACGUCCCCGGCGGUCGUGGUCGCGCUCGCGCUGUCAUCCCGAGGGUCAUCUUCGUCUCCCUCCUUAUUCGCGACGGCCAUAUGACUUGACGACCGCCUCCCGCUUCCUCACCCGCUGCUGCUCCUGCCCGUUGACCGAAGUCGGCGGUGCCGGCGGUGGCGGCGACGACGUCGGCGUGGACGAUAGCGCGACGAGGAGUCAACGGCUGACAACGCAGCGGCGUGGCGGCGGUCCGCUGCUUUAAAGCGAGUGACACGCGCCGUCGACGAUUCAGUCGCUCGCCGGCAGUCGGUCCGCGGGUGCGAGACGUACGGUACGGGACGCGCAUGUAUGAAUACACGCGUGCGUGGUCGCGUUUCCCCGGAUCGUCAUCUCUCGCUCGUGCACGUGUACAGCUCGUAGAGGGGCAGAAGAAAGAAGAGGCUCCGUCCGAACCGCAGGGAUUCUGAAGGGUCGGCCGAAAGAGAUCCGAGUGGAAAACGAACGGAGAGGAAGGCGCGCGAAGGUGGCCCUGUCAGCAGCUGUGGAUACCUUUCCUCUCCUCAUCUCCGGCAGUCGUGGUGCGUCGUGAUAUUCGUCGUAGUGGCGCGGUGUUAUCGUCGCGUCCCUGCUGCCCUGGUGAGCGGCGGGAAAGGUGGCGACGGUGGCGGUGCUGGUGUUGGUGGUGGAUACGUAUAUAUAUAGUGGUGGCUGAUAGCGGUGACCCGCGAGGGUGGCGAAACUGGAGCAGCCGGUGGCGAUCGUCGUCGUCGUCGUCGUCGCUGCAGCGGAGGAGCUAUCAUGUGCACGCGGCGGAUUCUCGGACUGGCGGUCGUGGCCCUGCUGACUCUCGGCGGUCGAGCGCGCGCGUACACCAACCAGUGGGCGGCACACAUCGAUGGAGGCGAGGGGAUGGCCAAGCAGGUCGCCGAGGACUACGGAUUUCGCUAUUUGGGCAAGAUAAACGAUGAUUGGUAUCACAUGGAGCAUCGAUCCGUGGUGAAGAGAUCGACGGAGCCGCAUCUCGAAGUGCACCAGAGGCUAAUGAAAGACUCCAGAGUACGUCGAGCGGAGCAGCAGCGGGCGAAAUCGCGCACCAAAAGGGAUCUCAUAAUCAAACGUCCGUCCAAUAUACUAAAUAUGCUGAACGACGAGAGGUGGCCUCAGAUGUGGUAUUUGAACAGGGGAAAAGGUUUGGACAUGAACGUGCAGGGCGCCUGGGCCGAGGGAAUUACCGGAAGUGGCGUCGUGGUCACGAUUCUCGACGAUGGAUUGGAAAAAGACCAUCCUGAUCUUCAAAAAAAUUACGAUCCGCAAGCGAGCUACGACGUCAAUAGUCACGACGAGGACCCGAUGCCAAGGUACGACAUGGUAGAUAGUAAUCGACACGGCACCAGGUGCGCCGGAGAGGUCGCAGCCACUGCCAACAAUUCUAUUUGCGCUGUAGGCGUUGCUUUUGGAGCUGGUGUGGGUGGUGUCCGAAUGUUAGAUGGCGACGUCACAGAUGCCGUCGAAGCGAGAUCCUUGAGCCUAAAUCCCCAGCACAUCGACAUUUACAGCGCCUCAUGGGGACCGGAUGACGAUGGUAAAACUGUGGACGGUCCCGGUGAAUUGGCCACUAGAGCUUUCAUCGAGGGAAUUACCAAAGGUCGUAACGGCAAGGGUUCGAUCUUUGUAUGGGCGUCUGGAAACGGCGGUCGAGACCACGACAACUGCAACUGUGAUGGUUACACCAACAGCAUUUGGACGCUGUCAAUCAGCAGUGCGACCGAGAACGGGCUCGUGCCUUGGUACAGCGAAGCGUGUUCGUCCACACUCGCUACCACCUACAGUUCAGGUUCCACUGGUGAGAAACAGGUUGUCACUACGGAUCUGCAUCAUUAUUGCACCAGUAGUCACACUGGUACCUCCGCAUCGGCGCCGUUGGCGGCCGGCAUUUGUGCCCUUGCACUAGAAGCGAACAGAGAUCUCACUUGGAGGGACAUGCAGCACAUUGUGGUCAGAACCGCCAAGCCUGCAAAUCUGCAAGCACCCGAUUGGGUGGUGAACGGUGUUGGCAGAAACGUGAGCCACAGCUUCGGUUACGGGCUAAUGGAUGCCACUGCCAUGGUACGUUUAGCGAGAAGGUGGAGGACCGUUCCGGAACAACACAAGUGCGAGGUAUCAGCACCGCAUACAGGCAGGCCAAUACCGCCAAAGAGCCAAUUGAUACUCGACUUACAUGUCAAGGAGUGCAGUGGCGUUAAUUUUCUCGAGCAUGUUCAGGCGAAGGUAUCGCUGAUGGCGACGAGGCGGGGUGAUCUUCAAAUACACCUAACGUCGCCACAGGGCACGAAGAGCACUCUUCUCGCUAAGAGGCCACACGAUGUCUCGAAAGCGGGUUUCAGCCAGUGGCCAUUCAUGUCGGUACACACGUGGGGAGAGCGGCCGCACGGUGUCUGGAAGUUAGAAAUUCACAAUGAGGGUCGAUACCUCGGACGCGCAACUCUGCACGAGUGGGCGCUGAUCUUCUAUGGUACCGCGACGCUGCCUGAUCGGACCGAGUACGCGCUGUACAACCCAGCUGGCAUGAACGUACCGAGACGACCGUUCGUGAAAUCGCGCGAGACCAAUCAGAAAAGCCCGAACGCCUUAGUGAAGGGCAAACAGGCGCAGCACAAGUCCGACAAGUCCGGCAGCCUAAGCCCGCCCUACGUGGUGAACGCUCAGAUGCAGUCGCAGCGGAAAGGCAAGGCUCGUGGUCAGCACAAAAACGGCAAGUCGGCGAACCGGCCGAACCCGAAACCUACCGCGCAGACCCUGCGGGGCCUCACUGCAGUCAACAGGGGAUCCGGCAACCUGGCCGGAGAUGUGCGUUUGAUCACGUUGAGACCACGCGGCAGGAGUACACCCAGCCCGAUCACCAGCACCAGCCAAAUAAUCGCCACGACGAAGAUGCAGACCGCGGUUAUGAGUCGGCACAGAAUCGUUGAUAUGGUGACUUCCUCGCCCCUUCAGAGGGGGCUAAUCUUGUUGGAACCACCGGCGAAGACCGCUACCAACAAGGUUCCGGCGGUGUUUCAGCAGUACCCCAAGAUCCAGCAGCUCUAUCCAGUUUAUGGUGGAGCGCGCGGUGCUGGCCAGCAGCUCGCCAUCAGGGCGAAGGGAGAUCUACUGCAGGACGAGCAAUUUGACCCUAGGAACCCGCCGCAGCUGGACAAGGACACAUUGGAGGAGUGGAAACUGGUGUUCUUCGGUACGGAGACGUCAGUAGAGGUGGACGAUCUGGACAGGGACAAGCCACAACCGCCAGUGGUGCACCAGGAGAUUCAAGUCCAGGAUAAUACAGCCACGGACGCCCGACAGAAUGCCGUGGACGCGGACUCGUGGACCGGCAGCCAGCAGGUGGACCGGGUCUCUCAUCCCGAAGUGCAGAGGCCGACAACGGAAAACCAGACGAGCGGCUGCGCCGCCUUCCAGGCCGGGGGCGGCGGGUGCCUAGUGUGCACGCCGGGUUGGUACGGCAGCAACGGCAGCUGCCUGCAACAGUGCCCGUCCGGGACUUACGCGGUCCAGGACGACAGCGAGGCCGGUGCAUUUUGUGCCCUGUGCCAUUACUUGUGCCUGUCCUGCAAAGGGCCCAGUGAGACGGACUGCGUCACCUGUCACGCGGACUCGGAGCUCACGCGGAGCAACGGCGCGAUGUUCUGCGUGCUGAGCAGACUCUCGUGGCAGAUGCAGUACACAGUAUGGUUCAGCAGGAUGACCAUGGCAUUUCUAGUGAAUAUGUGCCUCAUGAUCGUCAUCGUCGUCUGCCUCGCGCUCUACUGGUAUCUCCGCAGACGCAAAUCUGCCCACAAGUACAGCAAGGUGUCGUACUCCGGCAACGGCGAGGCUCACGCGGACACGGAGCAAUUGCGGGGAAGCACUUGUAUCUCCGACAGCGAAUGAGCCGCUUAACGACGAAAUAUCCUCCAAAGGAAGCUGCAAUGUCGCAUCUCGCGCGAAAACGUCCCCUGAAAAUAUUCCCUGAAGAAUAUUGCAGCGAUAUUCUCAUGAUAUUCUCGGAAUAUCGCGAGAAGUUUCUUUGCUUUUUCUCAAAGUGUUCUCACAGUAUUAUCGGUAUUCUGAGGAUAUUCUGAGAGCAUCUUCGUGCGAGAAUAUAGUUCGCGAAUAUUCUGAAAUUACAUCGAAAAGGCGCGUGGUAGUUUCCGCCGGAAUCGACAAAACGUAAUCUUCCCCGGAAGAUGCAAGUGCAACAAGGACACUCGUUAAAAUACGCGACACGUAUGGCGGAUACGAUCGGUCAAUUCAGCGCUCGGCAAAUCGAUCAGAAAUCAAAACGCAAAAGCGAAAGGUGUAUUUGAAGGAGGAACUGCGCAAGAAUAUUUUUUAGAUUUCUUGUUUCCGUGGAAAUGUUUCUGCAAUUUUAUUUGCUGCGCCAGUUCAGGAUUGCGCGUUCGGAAGUUAAACUCGCACUCUUGCGAGCGUAGAAACGUUCCUUUGUAGGAGCAACUUGUGACACGCUUGGACCAUAAAGCGCUAAUGGUGCCGCCAAUCUCCUUUGAAAUGAAGCAAUCGUUGCGUUACAACGUCAAUAUUGUAGCGAUAGCUCGUAACGGCGGAUCGUUUAUCGAUCGCCGCUAGACUAACGUGGAUUAACGUCCCUUGAAGCUAGUAAGUGAUUUCGUGUGACUCAAAGUGUGAGUCUUAAAUGCAGAAGUCCGUUACGCGAUUAAAAGUGAGUGUAGCGUGUCAUUGUCUGCCAAGAUUACCGACAGGCCUAAAUUUUUAUUAGAUAUUUAAUCAGUGCGAAUAUUAUUAAGUAGCUUAUUAAUCAGACAAAAUAAAGCAUCACAUAUCAAAAGAAUAAUCAAAAUUGAAUUAAAGCAUGGAAAAUCAGAACAUUCCUAGACAUCUGCGCCUCAACGCAAGAACAGACUUUGUUUGCAAGAAAAUACUUUGUUUAUUACAUUAACGGAUUUUGCAAAUCGUCGAGUUCCUAGAGUGGAGAGCAACACGGCGCGAUUUAAUUAAUGAAAUUACUAAGCCGUAUUAUGUAUGCAUUGUGCAUUAAUCUGAAAUGUAUUAAGGGAUCAAUAAUAUUUAUUAAACUUCACAGUCAAGCGUAAUGUAUAAUGAUUUUGUUAUUUAAGUAAAAGCUAACACUGAAACGUAUUUUUGUACGAGCAGUUUACCUCAGUAAUGUGAUACAUAUUAGUAAAUUAUAGAUUAUAAAUUUUGUCUCUGCUGCAAUUACCCAUACUUGUUACCAGUAAUCAUUGAAUCACAAUGUACAUUGUUCUUGUUAACGUUGUAAAUUUAGUAAAGCAAUAAAAAAUAACACAAAUUACGAAAACAGAUCUUUAUUAUGCAUCUUCUUUAUUAUGCAUGUCUUUAACGAUUGUCAAAAUUUUUGCAAAAAAGAAAUAUGGAUUAUUUUGCUAAAGAUUUAUUCAACUUUAUUUUUGCUAUUGCAAAAUUAUUUCACAAUCAUUAUACAAUAAAUUGCAAUAGUUGGUUUUAUAUUCGUUUAAAAUGUAAUAAUUAUUUUUAAAUGUAAUUAACGCUUGACUUAAUAGACUGCAUCAAUCUGAAGCAUCUAUACUCAUUUACGAGCGUGAUGCACGCAACAUACAAAGUUAAUGAUACAGUUUUGUUUAUUUUAAUUUACAGUUUAACUGGACCGUCAGUGAGCGUCCGAGAAGCCAAGUAUCCAAUGCCAAAAUAUAAAAAUUACGGGUAGUGGAGUCUGACAAAUAUUACUUACAAUGAUGAGAAAAAUGUAGACGUACACACAUGCACAUACAUACAUAUACAGAAAUAAAUGGACAAACAGAUUA